CAUAUCUUCUUGAUGGCCAUUUUUAUCUAUAUAAUCAUUUUCGUCCUAUAGCUUAUACAUUAACCCAGCUAUUUCAAGAAGUUACGCCAUAUAUUAAUAACUUUGUUUCUAUCUCUGAAAAAGAAAUACAUGCUGGAUUAUAUAGAGAGUAUGGAGAAUUAGUAACUCUUCUUAAUACCAAUAUUAUCUUACAAGAAGCAGCAAAAGAACUACAUCCGCAUGAUAGUAGAAUGUUAUCAGAUGUUGAACAAGAAGUUAAUGAUGAAGAAACUAAUUAUUUAUCUGGUAGUGAAAACCCAGAUAAUUUUGAGGAAAGUUUUGAUAAACUUACCAAUCAAUUCCUGCCUCUGGGUCAAUUAGCACCUAAUGAAAAAUUAAAGGAAAUUCCAGAACUUAUU